GGAAGACGUUGGGUGAACACACGUUGCUGUGUUCAGGACGUGCAGCACUGGGCACCACCUCACCACGGCGUGAGUGUGCAGCACGGAGAAGACAAGUGUUGUUGGCCUACCCAUCCUCAGCAGUGCAAAUAGACCCAACUGUGCUGAAACAGCACAGUCCCUGUGUGCAGAACUGGGGGUCCCCGUCCACAGGACUCGUGUCUAAGCUUGAGGACAUUUGGGACCAGUUCAGUGGAAGCGGCCAUGUCGCAAGCAACGCAUCCACCCACCUUCCCAGUGAGCUUCCAACUCCUCAGUGUUGUGCUGGUGUUGCUCUUCCAUGCAGAGAGCAUACAUGCAGAGAGCCCCAGCGAACUGCCUGUGAAUGACACGGAGGAGUGCGGGGGCUCAUACAUCUGCAAAAAGGGUGUGAUUUUACCAAUAUGGGAACCCCAAGACCCCUCAUUCGGUGACAAAAUUGCUCGGGCAACAGUCUAUUUUGUGGCAAUGGUGUACAUGUUCCUGGGAGUAUCUAUCAUAGCUGACCGCUUCAUGUCCUCCAUCGAAGUCAUUACAUCCCAAGAGAGGGAAAUAACCAUCAAGAAGCCCAAUGGAGAGACCAGCAAAACUACGGUGAGGAUCUGGAAUGAGACCGUUUCCAACCUCACACUGAUGGCCUUGGGCUCAUCUGCCCCAGAGAUCCUCCUGUCUGUUAUUGAAGUGUGUGGCCAUGGCUUCACGGCAGGGGACUUGGGGCCAAGCACAAUUGUGGGGAGUGCUGCAUUUAACAUGUUUGUCAUCAUUGCGAUCUGUGUUUACGUGGUUCCAGAUGGAGAGAUAAGGAAGAUCAAGCACUUGCGAGUGUUUUUUGUUACAGCAGCCUGGAGCAUCUUUGCCUAUACUUGGCUUUACAUUAUUUUAUCUGUAUCUUCUCCUGGGAUUGUGGAGGUUUGGGAAGGUUUGCUCACCUUCUUCUUCUUCCCCAUCUGUGUGGUGUUUGCCUGGAUAGCUGACAGGAGGCUUUUAUUUUACAAGUACGUCUACAAGAAAUACCGAGCUGGCAAGCAGAGAGGCAUGAUCAUUGAGCAUGAGGGUGACAGGCCUUCGUCCAAAGCUGAUAUAGAGAUGGAUGGAAAGGUUGCUAAUUCUCAUGUGGAGAACUUUUUGGAUGGGACAUUGGUGUUGGAGGUAGAUGAGAAAGACCAGGAUGAUGAGGAAGCCAGGAGGGAAAUGGCUCGGAUCCUGAAGGAGCUGAAACAAAAACACCCUGACAAGGAAAUUGAACAGCUUAUAGAGUUGGCCAACUACCAGGUCCUGAGCCAGCAACAAAAGAGCAGAGCCUUUUACCGUAUUCAGGCCACUCGGCUCAUGACGGGAGCUGGCAACAUCUUGAAAAGACAUGCUGCAGACCAGGCCCGCAAAGCUGUCAGCAUGCAUGAAGUCAACAGUGAGGUGGCAGAAAAUGAUCCCAUCAGCAAGGUCUACUUUGAGCAGGGUACCUACCAGUGUCUGGAGAACUGUGGCACUGUUGCCCUGACCAUCAUUCGCCGAGGAGGUGACUUGACCAACACAGUGUACGUUGACUUCCGGACAGAGGAUGGGACAGCCAAUGCUGGCUCUGACUAUGAGUUCACCGAAGGGACAGUGGCCUUCAAGCCUGGAGAGACCCAGAAGGAAAUCCGUGUUGGCAUAAUCGAUGAUGACAUAUUUGAGGAGGAUGAGAACUUCCUGGUCCAUCUCAGCAAUGUCCGUGUGAGCACUGAGACCUCAGAUGAGAGCAUUCUUGAGACCAGUCGUGUCUCAACACUUGCCUGCCUGGGAUCACCAUCUACUGCCACCGUCACCAUCUUUGACGAUGACCAUGCUGGCAUCUUCACCUUUGAGGAGCCAGUAACGCAUGUCAGUGAAAGUGUGGGGACCAUGGAAGUGAAAGUGUUGCGAACCUCUGGUGCGCGAGGAAAUGUUAUUGUGCCCUACAAAACCAUUGAAGGCUCAGCCAAAGGUGGAGGAGAGGACUUUGAAGACACCUGCGGGGAGCUGGAGUUCCAGAACGAUGAGAUAGUCAAAACGAUAUCAAUCAAGGUGAUAGAUGAUGAGGAGUAUGAGAAAAACAAGACCUUCUACCUAGAGAUCGGGGAGCCCCGGCUGGUGGAGAUGAGUGAGAAGAAAGCCCUGUUGUUGAAUGAGCUUGGUGGCUUCACCAUCACAGGGAAACUCUGGAAGGGCAAACCUAUCUUCAGGAAGGUCCAGGCUAGAGAUCAUCCUCUUCCUUGCACCGUGGUCACCAUCCGAGAGGAGAACGAAGAAAAGCAGCCACUGACCAGCAAGGAGGAGGAAGAGCGCCGAAUCGCGGAGAUGGGGCGCCCAGUCCUGGGGGAGCACACAAAGCUCGAAAUCAUCAUUGAGGAGUCCUACGAGUUCAAGAACACGGUGGACAAGCUCAUUAAGAAGACAAAUCUGGCCCUGGUGGUUGGCACAAACAGCUGGAGGGAGCAGUUUAUUGAGGCUAUUACUGUCAGUGCGGGGGAAGAUGACGAUGAUGAUGAAUGUGGGGAGGAGAAGCUGCCCUCCUGCUUCGACUACGUGAUGCACUUUCUGACCGUCUUCUGGAAGGUCCUUUUUGCCUUCGUGCCCCCGACAGACUACUGGAAUGGCUGGGCUUGCUUCGUUGUUUCCAUCCUCAUGAUUGGCCUCCUGACAGCUUUCAUCGGCGACCUGGCAUCCCACUUUGGCUGCACCAUCGGCUUGAAGGACUCGGUCACUGCGGUCGUGUUUGUUGCACUGGGAACAUCGGUGCCAGACACAUUUGCCAGCAAAGUAGCAGCCACGCAGGACCAGUACGCAGACGCCUCCAUCGGGAACGUCACCGGGAGCAAUGCUGUGAACGUUUUCCUGGGCAUCGGGGUGGCCUGGUCCAUCGCAGCCAUCUACCAUGCGGCGCAUGGACAAGCCUUCCAAGUGUCACCCGGCACCCUGGCCUUCUCUGUCACUCUCUUCACCAUUUUUGCUUUUAUCAGUGUGGGAGUGCUGCUCUACCGGCGGAGACCCGAGAUUGGAGGUGAGCUGGGCGGGCCGCGGACUUCCAAGCUGCUCACAUCCUCACUCUUUAUCCUCCUCUGGCUCUUGUACAUAUUCUUCUCAUCUCUGGAAGCCUACUGCCACAUAAAGGGCUUCUAAAGGGACAAUCAGAGAUAGUAAAUAUAUAUAUAUCUAUAUGUAUCUAUAUAGAGUGAUAUAUAGGUAUAGAUAUAGAUAUAACGCUGUGUAUAAUGAACAGAGAAAGAAUUAAAGAGAUUUGCCAUGUUCACACACCUGCUGACAGAAAGUGGCUUUGGAGCAUCCUUUGAACUAGGCAGGACCCCAAAGCCAGCAGGACCCCAGCCAGGAGCCCGGCGGCAGAGCCCUCCCUGCCCCUCUGCCACCAGGAGCGGCCGACAGCCCCUGAGCCCUUUCCCAUCACUCUCCCCACCCGCCGGCCCCCCGGGAGGAUGGAUGCCGAGGGGGCUGGGGAGCAUCGGCGCGGGGAAGGCCAGAGUAGCUGGUGAGAAGCAGAGCGGUGGGCGAGGGAAAGCCAGGAGAGCCAGGGUCCCCAUCUCCGACCAGCACCCGCCUGCCUUCGCCCCCCUGGCCCCACCAGAGAGAAGCAAGAGACCGGACUGAGGACAAGGGGAAAUUGGGAGCUUUCUAAGGAUAGAACACAAACCGUUUUCGUCAUUGAUUUGGGGUUGGGUGUUUUUUUUUUUCGUUUGUUUUGGCGUGUGUACAACUAAGCCUUUCUCCCCAACAUUGCCCCUUGCCUCCCCCCCUCCAUCCUUCAGGGCUGUGCAGCCGCAACCCGGUGUCCGGUGUCCCGAGCCGGGGCCGCGCGGAGCGGCAGGAGCUUUUCUCCCUCCUCCUCCUCCGCCGCCUCGGGCAUGCUGUCGUGGUACUUGUAACAUUUGCAUGAGUGAAUUGAACCCUAUCUGUAUAUAGCAUCCUAUAGUGAUAGUCCUCCAAGCCAUGUGGGUUGAGCAUUGCAGAUACAAGUGUUUUCUUUUCACCAGGUUUUUUUUUUUAUUUAUUUUAUUUAGUUUGGUUUCGCCGUAGGGUUUUGUUUGUUUGUUUGUUUGUUUGUCUGUUUCCUCUUAGUGUGGGUAAAAGGAGGGAAAGCUGUCCCCGUUUAUUGCUCCGCACGUGGGUCCACCAGAAGCAAUAAUAGCCACACAGAAUUAGGUUUCCAGGGGAGGAAAACCCCCAGCCCAGAGACUGCAGGCUCCGUCCCCUGACGUGGCCAGGCUCCCCCUGACAGCAGCCAGUCCAGGACACGCUGGAGCUGAUGCACCAUCUGAAGGUGGUUUUACAGAAGGUCCCGGGGAGCCCGAGGGGGACGAGCCGUGUCUGAGCCCGGGGGGGACGCGCACAGCUCAGCCAGCGCUGCCCCUGCCCCUGCCUCUACGGCCGGUGGCUGCCUACAAGCCCCACGUCCCACCACAUCCCCAGAAGUGGAGUGAUAGCCCCCGUUUCCGAGCAUGAAGCCAUUGGGAUCAGUCCCCGAAGCUGGUCCUUUCCCACAGCCAUUUGGAGGCAGAAUAAUUCAGCGUGAAGGGCUGAGGGGCCGUAACAACAACAUCUCCCACCCCGCUGACCCUAACUAGGAAACGUCCCCCAGGAAAAAAAGCCACAUUCUGCCCCGUCUGGGUCUGGUGCUGGUGGGAAGGGUGAGGCAGGGCACGUCACCCCCCACCCCAGCGGCAGGGGCCGGGAGGUGUGGGUGGGGGGCUCCCCCGGGGCAGCAGCAGGGUGAUGCUGUGCACAGGGGUGACGUUGUGUUGAGAGAUGUCUCCUCACCCCACAGCCCUUCGCCGGGCGCCCAGCCUGUGCGUCGUCCCCCGUCAGCUCUUCCCCCCAGCCGAAAGCCACAGCUGAGCCUCCUACCGUAACCCUCGGCUGGGGUUAUUCCCACUCCUUUUGAGCAAUCUGUGGAAGUUUCUAAUUAACCUGAUGCAAAGUUUUCUCCAGGAUUAUGAAGUUGUUGGAUUAUUUUUUUUUUUCUUCUUGAGCCUUUUUUUCACUUUUGAUGCAUUUUUGGGGUUUUCUUUUUGUUUCUCAUUGUUUCUUGGGGAAGAAUCAAACGCAGGUACAGGUUGUUCAGGUUUAUGAUUACCUUUAUGUACAAUUAUUUCAUUUUCAUCUAUUUGGCUUCAUUGAUUUUUCUUUGUGUGUAUUGCCCACCAUUAUAGGCAGUGAGCCCACUAAUUGUGAUGAUCCUUAUCAAUGGUACACAAUGCACAGACAAAUAAAGUUUGUAAUGAUUCCUGACGGAUCCAGUAGUGCUCCUGCAUAUUCUCUAUGGAAAAACCCUUCCCUCCCCUCCCGUUGUCACCCUUUCUGUUGUACCUCUCUCUUCCUCACUCAUUGGUUUGCUUUCAUCGUGUUUCUGACGCUGACGAGGGGCAACGGUGCCCCCGCACGCCCGCCCCUGACCCAUCUCAUGGCUUUCCUCCUGCUCCAUCUCCAUCGUGCCUUGGUGUGCUGUGGCACAGGGGGGGCUCGCAGCCCACCCAGCUCUCAGGGGGGUGCAGGAAACCACCCGGGGACAAAAAGCCACCCAUGUGGCCCUUCUGGGGCCAUGGGCUGCUCCCGUGCUGGGUCCCCCAUGGGUGCUGGCUUGCCCUAGACUUGGGGAGAGCCGGGCCCAUGUUCCCGAGGCACUCAGCAGCUCUUUCUGCUUGUGUCCUCCACUUAUAUAGAACUGUUCCUGCUCCUGUCCCAGCCCCACAGUGACUUGCGCUGGGUUAAGCCACCAGCUGAUGGCAAGAGACGCGUUAGCAGGGCAGGGUCCAAAGCGUAUCUGAGACACACCACAGGGUCACUGAGAGAAUUGGUGGCUGGGGCUGCUCUGGGCAGCUGCCGGCCUGUGUCCUGGUGCAGAUGCCACGGGCCACUUCUGACCCGUGUGUCUCAGCAGAGCUCAGCCAGCACCGAGGAGGAGAAGAGUCUCCACGUGCCCAGGGACGUCGCUCCUCCCCGUGCUUCACCCAGCAUCUGUUGAGCUCCCCCCAGAUAAGCCCUCCCUGCAACGCUCCUGAGGUCCUGGGCUGGCAGCUGAACCCCAACACCAGCCACAGCGAUGGGUCCCAAGCAGUGCUGCCUUCCUCUGGGGGGGCUCUCCCUGCUCCUCCUGGGGAGGCACGCGUGCCCGGGCUCCUGCGCAGACCGGUCAGACCGGCACCACCACCUCUGGCUUCCCAGCUGUGGGCUGGGAGCGUGCCCCGGGGCAGGUGGCUGGAUUUGUUGCAGCGUGACCAUGUCCGCUGAGACCCAGAGGCAGUAAAACCACCAUCUGCUGCUGCGGGGGGACGUGGGGCAGAGCAAGCAACCAACGCACCCCCGCAGCCAGGGCAUUUAAGAGGGUCUCUGGGCUGCUCCCUCAGAGCCCUGGCCCUUCCCCGCACUCUGCGCUGCCUUUGGCAGCCGUGCCACCGGCCCUGCUCUCCCCAGGGGAGCUCAGCCCCCUCCAGGGUGAGUGUGGGACGAGGUUCAGUGCUGGCCGAGCCCCAGGCGAGCGCGGACAGUCACCUCAGCAGACUUUUCCCAGGCAGUGAAUUAUGAAAGCAAAGCAGCUCUCCUGACCCAAUAAUUACAUCUACUGAAAGGUGCUGUUGGUAUUUCGCAUUUACUUUUCCAGAAUGAAUUGCAGUCGCCAAAGUCAUUAAUGAGUUGAAGGGGACUCGUGUAGCAGCUGGGUUUAGUAGUCAGUAAAUAACUGUUCUGCUCGCAGAGCUUUCCAAAGCCAAUGAUGGAACGUUGCUUGCUUAGGACAAGGCCUAAAUCACACAGUAAACACCAGCCUUGUUUAUGCACUUUUUCUCUGCCAGCUGCGUGCUUCGCAGCAUCUCUAACGAGCUCAUGCACGGCGUGCCACCUAUUCGCCCGCUUGCUCAUGGAGGAGCCAUGGAUGACCAGCGAACCUUUUGCCUGGCUGCUGCCUUGCUAUGCCAAGGAGAGAAGGACCGUCCCACCCAGCCCUGGCCAUCCGGCUGUGUUUGCAAGGGUGUAAUGCCUGCUCCUCGGCACCAACCUCGUCUUUAAACCAGACCCCCGGAGGCAAAAGCCCGUGCCCGGCCGCACGCUGCUGGGGCAGCAGGAGGAGCACAGCCCCCUGCACCAUCUGCCCCGGCUCCCUGGUCCUCUGUCCGGUGCCGUCUCCUCAUCCCUGGCAGCCUUCCCACCCUCCCUUCCCAAGGGAAGGGCAUCAAGCAUCUCUGCCAGAGCCCCAGGCUCAGGGAGGUUGCCAGAAACAGCACUUCAUACCCUCUGCCUCCAUCUAUCCGCCCGCCAAAGCUGCUCUCACCCCCUCUCAUCACCCCACGGGAAAGGAUGCGGCACGGUGCAAGGGACAUUCAGAGACAGACAUCCAAACAACUCGACGGGCCACUGCGAAGUGCUUGGGGACAAAGGGAAGGAGCACACGGAGCAGUGACAGCCCUGAGCAUCUUAUCAAAACCAUGUCUCCAGCUCUCCAGGGGCCAGCAGCUGAGGAGGCAAAUCCCAGCCACAACCUGAGCGCAGGGAAAAGGUGCAGAAGAGCCAGGACUCUGCAGGAAACCAGAAAUCUGCAUCACCUCAAGACUGAGCUGAACCAAGCUGCCAUCUCCUGCCUGCCCCUCGGCCAGGGCAGCGUGGGAACUGCUCGCCCAAGAGACACGAACCCCUCAUCUGGAGAUGACAACACAGGGCAGCCCGCAGUGCCUCUGGGGCAAGGGGGGAUUGCAAGGGUCAUUUCUGCAUCUUUUCCCCCACUUUCAUCCCUUCCUUAAAGGACAAAAGAGAAAAGGGAGGUGUUGAGCCCUUUCUGGUCAGGACUCUGGAUGCAGUCUAUAAACUCACUGUGCUAGGGAGGGGAGAACCAGAGCCCGUGUGUUAUUGUUACAGCUAUUUUUAAAUGCUUGGGUAAGAAUCAAGUGGAGCAGCACUGGGUGCCACAUACAUACCUAAGGAGGAGGCUCAGCUGCACUCGCAGAAGGGCAAGAGCUGGGCAUAGCCAGAAAGUGACAGAGAGAGAGAAAAGAGGGAAAACUAAAUGCCAGAGGGUGUUACUCUGGGGAAAAAAAAAGAAAACAACCCUGCGUUAUUUUUCUGUAGGCUUUGGCACCCAGGCCCAACUGGGGAAGCAUGUCUGCAGAGCACCAGGAACCUUCCUGGCCUCUCUGAGUGUGCGAUGACCGACCACACACACGCAUGCACAUGCAUAGCACAGCUGCAGAAAAGCUUGUUUAUCUUGUGAAAAAUGGACUUGCACAGGAAAGCAUCCAAAGGCAUCUGUAUUCUUGCAGAAAGCACCGAGGGACAAUAAAUAUAGUGAGAUUCCUCACCUUUUAAGGACUUGAGCCUUCCUCCCUUUGGAACUGGAGGCGCCGAGAACCUCUCAGCAGCCAGCAGCAGCCCUCGCAGAGAGGGAAGGGAUGCUGCGGAGGAAAGGGGCUGUCUGGCCAAGCAGGAGCUGUUAUCAGCAAAGAUAGCCAGAAGAUUGCUGUUACUGGCAGGAUUUGCUGUCCGUGGCACAUCGCUGAGAGCAUCCAAGGGGUCUUCGCAGGGUCUUGCUGUCUCUCUGGAGCAUCCCGAGCACGGCCAGCCCUGCCCCUGAGCACACGCUGCCCCCAGGGUGGCUCGUCACUCUCUCCUGCAGACCCCACACCCCCCCUUGGCUCCUUCCCACCCUCCCAAGGAGAACGUCAGCGUGGGGCUCCCCUCCCCAGAAGUGUGACAGAAGGCACCGGGGCACACGCUGGUCCCACAGCAGGCGCUGUGCUGCUGGGUGCUGCUGGUGGGAUGUCCAGCAUCAGAGGGCAUGGGGAAGGGAGAAGUGCCCUGGGGUCCCAUCCAGACCUGGAAACCCUCUUUUAGGCACUGCCACAGCAUAUCCCCCUGCCCCAGCUGCCAGGCAUCUUGAUUUCUGCACAGCUAUAGCACAGCAUCCAGCUUUUUUGGCUAUCUGUGGGCACCAACCCCAGGCUCUAUUUUUAUUUUUAUCUUCUUUAUCAAAAUAGCCCUUGAUUUGUUGUACUGCUUGACCACAGCUCUCCAGCCCUUCCCGCACACACACCCCACCCCCAACAGCGUGCAGUUCCAGGCAGUGGUGGGAAGCAGCACCAGGAGCACAUGCAACCUGAGGAUGGGAUGCUCCAGCAUCUGCCUUGAGCCAUCUCAAGGCCCCAGAAUGGCCAUCUGCACACAGUGACAGUCCAAGCGGGGGCUCGCUCUGUGCUGGUGUCCCCUUUGGAGCCUCUUUGCAUGCCCUCUUUCUUCAGGCUCUCUGCGGAGGAGUCUUCUCUGUCCCUCCUUCCCCACAACUGGGGGCUUCCCGUGUGUGACAAAGCUUCUCUCUCACUAGACCGAACAGCAAUGCUUAUUAGCUCAGGUUUGCUUUUUGUAUCUCAGGGCAAAAAUUAACCAUUCCAAAAGAUGUCUUGGACUUGAGCCCUUGCAAGCAAAGGACCAUGCAAUUUUCCACACAGCAGAGGCAAAUGUCAGUAUGCCGAGCUCUCAUCAUCCAGGCACCAUUGCAGUCACUGCCCACAGGCACUGUUUUUAUUGUGCUGCUAUCCUUCAGUCAUGAGUUUUUGGAACAUGAAGCAUCUCUGCUGAAUUUCCACUGUUAUUGAGCCCCACAGAUGCUCCAGCUCCACCCCCUGCUUCAAUCCUGCCUCUACACUUCCUAAUUGCUUUAGCUUGAAACUAAUUCCUUUAGCUGAGGGUUUAAGGUCCACCUCAACUUCUUUCUUUCAAAAUGCAGCCUGUUCUUAGUGCUCUAAAUAUUCUAAAACUUAUCUUACUGCCUACAGAACCUUCCUGCCCCUGCUUAAAAUGGGCAGAGUUUAAGUCAAGCAAGUUGCAACUGCGUGGGAUGCUUAUCCACCCUCAGAGCUCCUAAACUCUUACAGGACAUGGAGGACUGUCACAGGGGUUUCUCCCUGCACUCCUGACCUCUCCAUUGAGGUUGGAUUUAUUUCUUCUCUCUUAUUUCUAACUCAGAGGAGUCCCUUACAGAUGACAGCAGGGUGAGACCCGCGUGGAGUAAAGCCUUGCUCUGCUUUCUUGACCAAAAUUGCCAUGGCACUGUCAUCACCAGCAUCGUGUGCCCCUCUGCCCCAGCCCACAGCCCGUGGUGGGCUCCUCGGUGGCAGAAAUAGGAGCUGCCGGCAGAGGAGCUUCUUUGCAGAGAUCCUUAGAAACACAGAGCAUUGCUGAGUGACUGUACAAUUGCUGCACUGGCACAGGAUAGAUUGGAUCUUGGUGGUGCAAAUGUGUCCCAAGUUGCUGCUGGGCUUAUUUGGGAGCAUUAAUGAAAAUUUAGCAAACUAGUGGCUUUGUGACUCCCAGGGAUGUAGGAGCAGCACCAACUGGAUUUCUCCUUGCUCCGUGCAAGGAUGUGGAGAUGGCUGCCUCACCCCUCACUUUCAGCUACAGCAUUGCCCUGGUCUUGCCUGGCAACAAGAGCUGUGAUUAGAUGCUCCUCGACUGAACUCCCCCUGUACAGAUGGAAAUGAACUGAUUCCUGUUGUGUCUUCAUUUGUUUGCCCCAUGUUGCUUCCUCAUCUUCCAAGCUCUUGAGAGAACGUGCUCCCACAGCAAGCUGUGCAGGAGACCUGCUUGUCUUGCUCUUAAUCAGGAAACAUGCACUACUUCCAGCAGCUCUGGAGAGCAGAAGAUUGUGAUAAUACCUUUUACAUUUUAGUUGAUAUGUUAGCAAGAAAGAAAACGUUAUUUAUUUUUUCCCUGAUGACAACACGACUUCUGACAACGCUGUGCAGCUUCUUUUUUCCUUAACGUAUUAACCACUGGGAGGGACAUCUCUGUAAAUAACUCAGCUUUCAGACUAACUGUUGAGAACAUUGUUCAGUAAUCCGGCAAAAAGGUUUUAUUUGUGGAUGAAGGGGAGAAGUUGGUGAAUUCUCCUAAGUUUCCUAGCUCCUGCUGGAAGAAACACACACGUGCUGGUAAAAGCCACAAAAUGCCAAGUUUGGUACAAGACAGCCCUCUGUACCCUGGCUCACUGUGCUGCAGAGAUGUGGCAGGAAGCUGUAAAAGCAAAACCAUGGCUUCCUGAAGACCGCUCAGCAGUCAUGGGUAUCUUUAUAUUUACUACUGUCCCUAGGAUAUCCGGAGAGGUCUCUGGUCCACCUGAUGUUCACAUCACUGUCAACCAAGCAAGAAGGAGAUGGAUGACACCAUGCGCUACCUUCCCCAGCCCCAACAAAGAAGCCCCCCCGGAUAUUCCCAGCAAGAAGCAGUCAGAGUGCCAGGGAGCAAAGCUGUUGACAGGAUCGCUCACACAUCUCAAAUGCAGCAGGUUCCCCCUGGGACCCUCCCCACACUGCUCUCUGCGUGGUGGCCGCAGCGGGCAGAGCCUCCCGCGGCUCAGCAUCCCGCAGGCAGAGCCCAAGCAGAGCCCUGGGCUGCCCGGGCUUGUCCAUGAGAGCAUCAGCCUUGGCUUCAGCCAGAGAGGCCUUUAGGGAGUGAUCGUAAUAUUCCAGAAAAGAGGGAGAUGAGAUGGGAAUUAGUCGAAAAGCAACAGUAGCAGUAAUUUAGAACCCUUACUAAUUUUCUACUGUAAUUAAGUGGUCCAGUUAUCUCGGUGCUGGAGUGGCCGCUCCAGUUCUCAAAAGCCAUUUCCAUACACUUGAAACCCAGGGAGAGCAACUGCUCCUCUUCCUGGAGUAGGAAACAGGCUGUUGCUGUGAGUGUGGAGAGGCCACGGAAGCGCAUCUGCCUCGGCAGAGACGUAACUCAAACCAGCAGCUUCUUCCCCUGCCCCGCUCAGGCGCGGGGGGAGACUCGGGCAGGGGGUUGGCACGCUGUCCCAGGGGGCAGGAUGCCCCCCAUGGGAGAGGCAGCCCAUGGCCCCCUGUAAUGGCAGGAUGUGGGAGAAAAAGAGCUCAGAAUGACUGGCUGGUCCUAAUGAGCCAGUCAUUAGAGUGAGUGGGUGGGUGCAUCCCAGGAGACAGGGCAAGCAGCAGGCACAGGGUGCUGGGGGGGCAGGCAGCCGGUCCGGUGGGCACCCCGCACCGGGGCAGGGGCUGGGGAUGGCACUGCCCGGGCAAGGCUGCCCUCUGAUAUCUCUGAUGUGCUGGAGCACAACAACACUGGGCUCCAAAAAUGACGGCAUACACUUUCCUGCUCUCCUCUGACAGCAGGCACCGUCCCCCCAGGCAGCAGGCAGCGGUGAGCCUCCCGUUGCCCCCGGGGUGGCAGAGGGGAGGCAGGCAGGGAGGAGGCUGCCACCACCCUUCCUGAUGUGCCUGAAGCAUGGGUCAGCCCAGCCACCUGUCACCAUCACCCCCCAUGUCCUGUGUCACCCUUCAUCCUGUGCAUCCUCCCCCUCACGGCACUCCAGGGCAGGCAGACCUCUUGUGCAAACCGUGACCGAAAGAGAGAGAGAGAUCCCCGACAGCCCAGCGUGCCACCCCACCCGUGGGGACAGGGGUGGGAAGACCCCCAUCUGGCCAAAUUUUUCCAAAGCAGGGGUGAAAGGAGAGUUUGAAGAACUGGCUUGCCUGGAGACAGAGACCAGAGUAUGGGUCGUAAAUUCAUCCCCCCGUCCCCUGCCGCCGGCCGCGAGAGCCGGCAGUGCCCCGCGCUGGUGGGCUCCCCGGGCUCAGCAGCCGGAGCCCCCCGAUCUCUCUGUCUCUCUCGUGGUUGGUUCCUCCUAAGUUCAAUGGCACAAUGCAGCUACACUAUUUGAAAAGCCAUAAUAUUUGUUGGUACGACUCUUUUAUUACCGUCAAUUUAUAUAUAUUUGUUGAUAAAAGAGGUCAUCUUGGGAGACGCUUGUAGUCUACUGGGAAAUAAUUAUCCGAUGCUGUAUAUUCUGUACAUUGCUGUAUAAACAAAGUGAAAUAUUUAAAUCGAAAUGUUCAGUGGACUCGGUGGCACGUGCUGGGAGGGGAGGCUGGGACCAGGCGAGCUCCCUCCUUUGGGCCACCCCGGCUCAGGCUCGGCGUCCCCGGCAGAGCCACCGUCCCGCUGGGGUCCCAGCCGGGGUGAGAGGGUGAAGCCCGCGGCUCCCUGGGUGCUCUUUCCCAAGGGAAGGUGAAAGGAGGUGAUGGUGGGUGAAAGGGGCCGAGCUCCGUCUCCCCCCACAGGGCUGGACAUGGCUUUGUCAGACCCUCUCGGCGCAGGGAGCCCAUCGUCGCCCACCCGCCUCCUUCCUCUCCUGCCCAGGGUGGGACCCUUCAGCGGCCACCCAAGGGGACAUCUCCAAGCCUUAUGGCCAGAGAGGGUUCCCCGCGGGGGGUGUUGGGCAGCAGCUCUGAGCAUCUGGCUCUUCCCACCCCUUCCCGUGCCCACGGCGCCAGCCGCCCUCCCCAGCACCUUCUCCAGCAGCCACGAGCUGCGACCUGCUAACCUGACACACGCUGUUAGAAAACCUGUUUCAUAUUUUCUGUGGUAUUGAUCUACAACUUUUGAAAUCAUUGGAGACAGUUGUGGUAGCCUCAAAAUUGUGCUGAGCUCAUAUAUUUUUAUAUUUGUGGUGUUUUCCUAUUAAUAGAGAGUAGUGAAGUAGUAACCCUAUAGCUGAGAGUGAACUAUUAAAAAUAAAUAUACGACUGCAGAAAAUAUUUGUAAAAAUAAUUUAUUUGAAAUAUUCUGCCAAAGAUAGCUCUCUAAUGAUCUGUAAAAUGUCGUUUCUCUCUUUUUGCUCUGAAUGUCAUUGUGAAAGCACCUUUCUCCCCACUAUCUUUUGAAUAUUUGCUUUUUUUGUAUCUUUAAGGGCAAAGAAACAUGCCAAUGAUUUUUUUACCGGAGCAGUAAAUAGGGCAGCAGGGAGGCACGAGACAACUUUAUAAUGGUCAUAGACAGGAUGCAGUAGCAGUCACUCUGACAACCCGGGCUCUCCUGUAGUUCCUCUUGCGGAUGGACGGGUCCCGAAGCCCGGGAGGGUUCUCUAGUGGGAAGGUCUGGCUGCAGUGGCAGCUGUGCUCCUCACCCAAAGGAGAGACAUUUCUCAACCACCCAUUUACAGGCUACAGGCAUUUUGGACCCCCCGGCGGGCAACUUCUGCCUCUUCAUUAUUCACAAGCCCGAUACCUUAAUAAGCCCUUACCGGGCGCUGGGGCAGGCGGGUAGCCCCGGCUCGGGGGUCUGCAGGGCUUCAGCCUGACGAGGUCUGGCCCCUCCAGAGCCGUUCCUGCCACGCACCCACUGCCCGCAGAAGUAAUGCCACUGCCACCCACAUCCAUCCCCUUCGUCCCCGCAGGGGGACAGGGGGCCCAGCCACCCUGGGACGUGAUACCUUAGUGAGAGCAUCAGUCCCUGCAGGGGCACAUACAGCCCUUUGCCAGGGAGAAGCUGCCCAGACUAGUCUGUUCAGUAUUUACAAAUUUAUUUAUUUGUUUAAUAGGGGGGGAAAAAAAAUCUUAUUUCCCUUCUUCAUUUCUUACUCUUGAAAGAACUUCUCAGUUCUAGGAAAAGCCUUCAUUAUCUCCUGUGAUCCCCAAGUCUGUUGCAGCGAACACACAUCCUCAGCCACGGCAAUUAGGCUCCACCGAAUCAGAGAAUUUUUGGCUCAGGUUUUUUUGGGUUUUUUUGUUGUUGGUUUUGUUUUUUUUUCCUCUGCUUCAUAGUUUUUUAAAUUUCUUGGUCGUAAAGAUCCAGAGGAAUUAAUUGCUAAUAAGGAAGCGAAGGGGUUUGCAGCCACAGGAAGGGUGGGUUCCUGUCCCACCAAGCCCAGGGUCAGGCAGCUGCCGCCUCACAGGGGAAGGGGACCGAGCCAGGGAAGACAAUGGUGAGAAGAAUUGGGUUUCUGAUCACUGUGCAUUUUGUUAAUUAGUGAAUUCAAAUAGUUUUAUUUUUACCAAAAACAGAUAAUCUUUAUUCCAGUAAAGACAACUGUUGACUUGAGAUAUAUAUAUAUAUAUAUAUAUAUAUAUAAUUUGAAUGGUUUAUAUCCUGUUGCUCUAACUACAUAAAAUGGAAACAUAUUGCAAGUCGUGUCAUUCCAAUGUACAAAAUAAAUGACUUUUCCCUGCAUGCUGCCUGGGUAUGUUGUGAUUUGAAUUAAGAGUUAUAUUUGAAUUGCCUUAUUCAAGAGGUUGUAUGUUACCUAACUGGGGAAUGACCUGGCACUGUCCAUCACAUUACAUGUGUACUUGAUGCUGUGUUAUGUCAAAUUCAGAUGAGAUGUCUGUCAUCUAUGUAUUUCGUGGGAGACCUUUUAUCUUGUUAAAUUGUGAUAUGUAAAACUCUCAUUGCCUGAAAUAGUCAGAGUUGUAUAAAUCAGUGUCUUCAGCUGCUUUCCUAAUUUUAUCACAUUUCCUAACACAAAAUAUAGAUGUUUGUAAAUUCUU